AUGGAAGGACAGCCGAAGCAUCACCUCAUUCAUUUGAGCCCCUACUUCCGUCCUGUGCCAGCCCCCCGAGGGUACCACGGUCGAAGGCUAAACCGCCACAGCUUUUUGGGCAAUCUCUGGGGCCUCCGGGGGCAUCGUAUACCUAAACCGCCCGCGACAUUCAUGAACCAUCCUCGGAAUAUGCCCCGAGCAACUUCCGAUGCCCAAUCAACCCCUCAGCGGGGGUUGGGGGUGUCCGAUGGAGUGCCAGCACACCAGCUUCAGUCUGUCCUCGACCGCAACUUCGGCGCCUUUCAGCGCGAGUUUCAAGACAUGGGUCGUGGUCUACAGCGGCUAGAGAAAACGGCAGAUGAUAUCUCCAGCGAGCUUGCUCAAGGCAUUGAGAAGUUCUUUGAGCGAUUUCCGCCUCCGGAACCCGCAAAACACCUGCAAGAGAGAGGGGACGCGCAGAAGACCAACCUGCAACGGGAGCAUCGGAUUGAGAUCGAAGGCUUGAAGAAGAAGAGGGAGCUUGAUAUAAAGAGGCUCGAGGAGAUGGAGAAAGAACUGGAAAUGGCAAACAUGCGUGCACAGAUCGCCACCACUGAACUUGCUCGUGUCCAGAGUAUGAUGGACGCUGAACUCGAGCAAAUUGAGAAACAAAGGAACGCACAGAGAGAUAUCACAGGUGCAUUCCUAAACUUGAGAAAGACCAUAUUGGUUUUCGCUGGGAGUGCCGCAGUUCAGCUCGGUCCUCUGCCCGGCACCCUUGCGGCCGGGGACACUCUGUUUCACCCUUGGUCAUGGAAUCACGCAAGUUCCUCUCAGCGGAAAUACAGAGUGAUGGCCAAGAUCUUUCACCUGCUUUUCCAACGCAUCCUACGGCCUGGACUGCGCAUCUUCGGUGUUGAAGUGUUCCUCCAGAGCGAGGAGAAUCCGUCGAUCUCCGAUUCAGAAGCCUAUCUUCGCGCUCUAGAGCAAGAGCUCGAGGCCAAAGGAGUUGACAACACAAAACUCAACGACUGGAUAGCCACAACGAUCGAUGCUACGAGCCCUCUCCGGGACAUCCCCCUCAAUAUCGAGGGGACCGCCCAAGAGAUCUUCGAAGCGCUCAACCAAGUGAUACGCUUCGCAUUCAUCCGCAACGCCGAUAAAGUCAAGGGCCAACUCUUGGCCAUCUGCGAGGAGGCCGUCCGCCUGAAGCUUGCCCUACGACAAGCCCCCGACGACUACAAGAUUGAAAUUCCAUCACAAGACCCCAAGAAGUGGGGAGAGCCCGGUUGUGAUCAAGAUACGAAAUCGCUCAAAGUCGCGAAAUGGAUUCACGUUAUUGACCAUGAAGUCGGCCCAGAGGCCCAAGGAAACCGUGAAGGGCACAGGGCCGAAGAUACAAGAGACGAGAUUGCAUGUAUUCCGUUUGGUGCAUUGACCAAGCUCGGGGAGGGGGCUGGUGGGGAAAAGACCAAAAUCGUCUUGGAAAGGGGGUGGGUGGUUACCAAGACCGGAGACCAAAAGCUGAAGCGGGGAGCGCCGGCGGUUGAGGAAGAGGAACAACAUCCCCGGAAACGAAUCCCUCCCAAUCACGGGAUUCAUCCUCUUUACCUGGCUAAGAUUAAGGCGUUGGUGGGUGGUGAUUAACAGCACGACAGUUGCGUCGGUUAGGUAUCAAUCAAGAUAUCAAAGGUAUUCAAGGCUAAGGGGCUGGUUUAUACAGACUGGGGGAGGCGGUUGUCUCUUGUGAAGGGCUGGAGGAAUACAUGUAGCCAACAUAAGUUGAAACACAAGCGGAUGGGUAUUAUGCACCUAGAGAUUACAUGGCGGGGACGAUAGGUUGGGUACCUAUGUUUACUACUCUCUCAAAAUAGACUUUUUGUGUUGAAUCGACAAUCCUCUCGAUGUGCGUCGUUGUCUGACCUGAU